GAGCUACUGACUCUACCUGCAUUCAAGUCUAAGCUCACAUCCUUGUUCGUGAAAGAUUUGUGAUUCCAUAAUCAUGUGGACGUCAAUUCUGUGUCUUCUUCUGGCUGGUGCAGUAUCUGCAGCACCACUUUCUACGUUUCUCAAUUAUCUCCCUCAUUUUGGUGUCCCAGGGCAGGGGACUAAUGGUGUCUACCCUGGCAUGCCAGCUCAGCCACAUCCUGGUCUGAAUGCUCCAAUCAGCAUGGAAAUCAUUUUCCCUCAGAGAUUUCCAAAUAACCCAGCAGGUGGACCGUCUGGCACACCAACAUUCCCUACCCAAGCUUUCAUCAAGUACUCUCUUCCAAAAGCCCCGGGCCAAAAAAGUGUGGAAAUUUUUUACCCCUAUGACUUCUCUCAGCACCAGGACCUUCCAAAUGUUCCUCAGUUCCCUCAAUUUCCCAAUAUCUUCCCCUUUGAGUAUAUACCACAGACAGCUCCUCAACAGCCACCCAUGAUGACCCCCUACCAGGAUGCUCCUCCACAACCCCAUGAUACACAGCAGCAAACCCAGCAGGAGCAGCAGACCCAGACAGGACAGGUGUCUCAGGCCCAGCAGCCAUGAAGACUGGAACAUCUUGAAACUCAGAGGGGGAAAAAACAUCAACACACAAGAUGGAGCUGAUUUAGCCAAUGCUAAUUAGAAUUAGUACAUAUUUUUGCUGGAUAAAUUAUUUAAAAUAAGCUCAUUUUUCAACAUGAAAUAUUUGAAAAGAAAUUAAAAUUGUUAUAUGAUUGCAAGGUACAGAUUACAAUAUGCUGUUUUGAUCAUAUCCUGAUAUGUGAGAAACAAAACUCAAUA